CACCGGCUGUCGUAAAAGGGUGAAUGGAGAGCGAGUUGUGGGGGGUAGAAAGGGAGGACAAGGGGCGCGGAGUCAGAGUGGCGCAGCAAGUGGCUGCAGGUGGCGACGGUGGCGGGGGGUGAGGAGUGAGGUAGUUCAGGGGUCGCGGCGGAGGAGGCUGAGAGGGUCAAAAGAAAAACUAAAGCGGCAGUCUGGCCUACUGGUCCGGGGGCCGCGGAGCCCCCGCCUGGGGAGAUGGACCUCAACCGGAUCAUCCAGGCGCUGAAGGGCACCAUCGACCCGAAGCUGCGGAUUGCGGCCGAGAAUGAACUAAACCAGUCUUACAAGAUUAUCAAUUUUGCUCCCAGUCUGCUUCGGAUUAUAGUGUCUGAGCAUGUGGAAUUCCCAGUGCGCCAGGCAGCUGCCAUUUACUUGAAGAACAUGGUGACACAGUACUGGCCGGAUCGAGAACCUCCGCCAGGAGAAGCAAUAUUUCCAUUCAACAUUCAUGAAAACGAUCGCCAGCAAAUACGUGAUAAUAUUGUGGAAGGAAUAAUUCGGUCUCCAGAUUUAGUGAGAGUCCAGUUAACAAUGUGUCUCCGUGCCAUCAUUAAAUAUGAUUUCCCUGGUCACUGGCCAGCGGUAGUCGACAAGAUAGACUAUUACUUGCAAUCACAGAGCAGUGGAAGCUGGCUUGGCAGUUUGUUAUGUCUAUAUCAACUGGUGAAGACAUAUGAAUAUAAGAAAGCAGAGGAAAGAGAACCUCUUAUAGCAGCAAUGCAAAUAUUUCUGCCUCGUAUUCAGCAACAAAUCAUGCAGCUCCUUCCUGAUUCCUCACAUUAUUCUGUAUUAAUACAGAAACAGAUUCUGAAAAUCUUUUAUGCACUUGUGCAGUAUGCAUUGCCUCUUCAACUGGUGAAUAACCAAACCAUGACAGCGUGGAUGGAGAUCUUCCGAACUAUUAUUGACAGGACUGUUCCUCCUGAGACUCUGCAGAUUGAUGAAGAUGAUAGACCAGAACUAGUCUGGUGGAAAUGCAAGAAGUGGGCACUACACAUUGUAGCUCGUCUCUUUGAACGAUAUGGAAGCCCAGGAAAUGUCACAAAAGAAUACUUUGAAUUUUCUGAAUUCUUUUUGAAAACUUAUGCAGUGGGAAUUCAACAGGUACUACUAAAAAUUUUAGACCAGUAUAGGCAGAAAGAGUAUGUAGCUCCCCGUGUUCUUCAGCAGGCUUUCAACUAUCUCAACCAAGGAAUUGUUCAUUCUGUGACCUGGAAGCAGAUGAAGCCGCACAUACAGAAUAUCUCUGAAGAUGUGAUUUUUUCUGUUAUGUGCUAUAAAGAUGAGGAUGAAGAACUGUGGCAGGAAGAUCCAUAUGAGUAUAUAAGGAUGAAAUUCGAUAUUUUCGAAGAUUAUGCAUCUCCUACCACAGCAGCCCAGACUCUCUUAUAUACUGCUGCAAAGAAAAGAAAAGAGGUGUUGCCAAAAAUGAUGGCAUUCUGUUAUCAAAUCCUAACAGACCCGAACUUUGAUCCUAGGAAGAAAGAUGGAGCCCUGCAUGUGAUUGGUUCCCUAGCUGAUAUUUUACUGAAGAAGAGUUUAUUCAAGGACCAAAUGGAGUUAUUGUUGCAGAAUCACGUAUUUCCAUUACUAUUGUCUAACCUGGGAUACCUUCGAGCCAGAUCCUGUUGGGUACUUCAUGCAUUCAGUUCUUUGAAAUUUCAUAAUGAGCUCAACCUAAGAAAUGCAGUUGAUCUAGCAAAGAAGAGCCUGAUUGAGGAUAAGGAGAUGCCCGUCAAGGUUGAAGCUGCCCUUGCUCUUCAGUCAUUAAUUUCUAACCAGACACAAGCCAAGGAAUAUAUGAAGCCACAUGUAAGGCCUAUUAUGCAGGAGCUGUUGCACAUUGUUAGAGAGACAGAAAAUGAUGAUGUUACUAAUGUUAUCCAGAAGAUGAUAUGUGAAUACAGCCAAGAGGUAGCCUCAAUUGCUGUGGAUAUGACUCAGCAUUUGGCUGAGAUAUUUGGCAAAGUUCUUCAAAGUGAUGAAUAUGAAGAAGUUGAAGACAAGACUGUAAUGGCUAUGGGAAUUUUACAUACCAUUGAUACUAUCUUGACAGUUGUAGAAGAUCACAAAGAGGUUACUCAGCAGUUAGAGAAUAUCUGUCUACGGAUCAUUGAUCUUGUUUUACAGAAACAUGUAAUUGAAUUCUAUGAAGAAAUUCUUUCACUGGCUUACAGUUUAACUUGCCAUGGUAUUUCUCCUCAAAUGUGGCAGCUUCUAGGUAUAUUAUAUGAGGUUUUUCAGCAGGAUUGUUUUGAAUAUUUUACAGACAUGAUGCCUCUUCUGCAUAAUUAUGUGACAAUAGAUACAAAUACUUUACUGUUAAAUCCAAAGCAUUUAGAAAUACUUUUUACAAUGUGUAGAAAGGUACUAUGUGGAGAUGCAGGAGAAGAUGCAGAAUGUCAUGCAGCCAAACUUCUUGAAGUCAUCAUUCUUCAGUGCAAAGGAAGGGGAAUUGAUCAGUGCAUUCCACUCUUCGUUCAACUUGUUUUGGAGAGAUUAACCCGAGGGGUCAAAACUAGUGAGCUUCGUACUAUGUGUCUUCAGGUUGCAAUUGCUGCCUUGUACUACAACCCUGAUUUGCUGCUACAUACUUUAGAACGAAUUCAGUUGCCUCACAACCCUGGACCUGUAACUGUACAAUUUAUAAAUCAGUGGAUGAAUGAUACAGAUUGUUUUCUUGGGCAUCAUGAUCGGAAGAUGUGUAUAAUAGGACUGAGUAUCCUUUUGGAAUUGCAAAAUCGACCUCCUGCAGUAGAUGCUGUGGUGGGACAGAUUGUGCCCUCAAUUCUUUUCCUUUUCCUUGGACUAAAGCAGGUCUGUGCUACCAGACAACUGGUAAACCGGGAAGAUCACUCAAAAGCAGAUAAAGCCAAUAUAGAAGAAAAUGUGUCUUUGCUUUUGGUGGCACCGUGGAAUGAGUUUGGGCGUGUUCCCCCCUCUUCGGCUUUUUGGAAUAGUUUGAGGACAGAAGAGAUUUCAAGUGAUGAAGAGGAGACUAAUGUAACUGCUCAAGCAAUGCAGUCAAAUAAUGGAAGAGGUGAAGAUGAAGAGGAAGAUGAUGAUGACUGGGAUGAAGAAGUGUUGGAAGAAACUGCUCUUGAGGGAUUCAGUACUCCGCUGGACCUUGACAAUAGUGUGGAUGAAUAUCAAUUUUUUACACAAGCUUUGCUGACUGUGCAGAAUCGGGAUGCUGCGUGGUAUCAACUGCUGAUGGCACCGCUCAGUGAGGAUCAGAGGAGGGCGCUGCAGGAGGUGUACACAUUGGCCGAGCACCGGAGGACAGUGGCAGAGGCAAAGAAGAAGAUUGAACAACAGGGAGGCUUCACCUUUGAAAACAAAGGAGUCCUCUCUGCAUUUAAUUUUGGGACUCUGCCCACCAACAACUGAAAGAAGGAACAUCAACUGACCAAACAUCAUUGUUACAUUGAACGUCAGCUGGAAGGAGAGGGUCAGCAGAGCUGGGAGGGGCUGCUGUUCGCACCACCUGCUGUGCCAGUUACACUUGGCGUCUGGCAGCACCUUUCUCUGCCCCUGUGUCCCCUUUGAUCUUUCUCACCCUGAAGUAUAUAUUUUAAGCAGCUACUGUAAUGUAUGAAAUUAAAGAAAAACAAAAUCAUAGGACUGAAAAGGACAAAGCAUAUGUUCCAAAGGAUGAAUGACCAAGGUGGAUUUAGAGGAUUGGAUGGAAUUGCACGUCUCAGGUUUUGCCAUGCAGAAUCAAUGGAUUUAUGCGAAUAACAGUGCCUUCUGUUGUACAUGAAUUAUCUGAAAAAAAAUUUUUUUGGAGUGUGUUGCAAUUUUUUUUAAAGCAUAAAACAUAUUUCUAGAUAAAUGUAAACCUUGGCUAUAUGUUGAUUUAUUCUGUAUUUUACUAUGUGAAUUUCCUGUUAGACAGUUAGCUAUGAGUCACUCUGGUUUCAAAAUCAUCACUGCUCCCCUUGAUCCCCCUGCUGCUGGGGGCUUUCUUCAGGGGUUGUACAAUAUGCACUGGCUCUGGUUUUUCAUAAUGUGUUUUUUCCUAAGGAUGUGGCUUUCCUAAGAAGUGUCUUAUUCUCUCUUCUGUCAUAUUUUUCAGCCCUUAAAGGGGUAGUAUUUCUUUUGAAUCAAUCUGUAUGAGUAUUGAUUUCAUUCAUAACCUGGUAAGUUCAGGACUCAAAAAUUUCUUGGCAGCAAGUGGCAGGGACUCCUUAGUCACUGGAAUUAACAAUAAGUCCGAGUGUUUUCUGAAUCAUGUACUUAAUUAUGCAGUUAAUUGAUAAUUAUGCUCAAGCACAUUGAACUUCUAAGAGAAAGGUGCUGCAUAAGCAUGCUGUCUUUCUGGAUGGGGGCUUGCAUUGUCAAUAACUUAUCAUUCCAGCUGUGUUGGACCUGGGUCCAGAACAUUUUGUAACAAUAUUUUUUAUCUAGGAAAAAGACCCAAGUAAAUCUAACUGCUUGCUUUCUCACACAUCUGACUUUUCUCCUAUCUAAUCUGAACUGAAUCUGUUUUUAUUUUAGCUCAGUUUGGCUUCUAUUUUUCAGGGGUUGGGAUAUUGGUCACUGCACUCUUACAUUGUAAUGAUGCAAGAUAGCCCAUGAGAAAUAUUACAGAUAGAGGUUACAGCUGUUUUUCUGAACUGAUUCAGUGCCAGAACAUGGGUCAUAGUGUUUUCAUUCUGUAAAGUGAAAAUGGAUUUUCAGAACUUAAUAUAUUUCUGGAUAUGAUACAGUUGUCCUUUUUUAUGAACUGUUUGCCGCUUAUAUUUUCCAUCAGUGACUGGAGGAAUUUCCUCCAGGUGCUUUCUAGAUUACCAUCCCUUGUUAAUAUGAACUGUUUUUAGAAUUUUAGGUUAUUUAAGUAGAUUUUACAGAAGUAGCCCAAGAAGCCAUGAGUUUCAGUUAAAUGAUCCCCUGCUUUCCUCUGCCCCACUCUUCCCAAGGCACUGAUAGUGUGCCAACUGGGAGUUAGAAGAGAAAGAUGGCAUUGGGGGAAAUUGUUAACAUCUUAAGCUUUGAAACUCUUUUUAUUCUCCUUAUGUCCCAAAUGGUUUAAUUUGAACAUAAUAUGCCUUCACACUGGAUUGUAAGAGGCAUGUGAUUUUAUUUUUGUGCUGUAUUGUCUCCUGCAGUAUUAAAGGGAAAGAAGUGUUAAUGUGUAUCAUCCUAUCUUGUUUUGAAGCCAGGGUAGUUGUACAGUUUUGUUACCAGCAGUGCUAACCUGAAUGUGAUCUGAUAACCUUGGAAAUGCAGGAACUCAUAUGAAUGUAUAAUAAAAUGCGGCUGAUUCCCAGGA